CAGUCAAGAGAAGGCAGCAUUUGCACAUGACCAAAGGGGAGAGGCUGGCCAAGAGCCCCGCUACUCAGCGCCUGGUUCCAUUGGUCUGCACCCCACAGGACAUCACAGGCUAUUUUAGCACAGGCAGGAGCUCACUUCCUUGUAAAGAUGGAGCCGGGAGCCUUAUCCACUCGUGGAGACGUCCUGGGAAAGGUCGCCGAGCUGGAAACCCAGGCAGGACUGGUCUGUUACAGCUGGGAGAAGGCAGAGCCACGGGCCAGGCCGAGCCUUCCAGCCCCGGCACGCCAUGCACCCCGUGCCGCCUCUCCCUAGAGGACGACAGCCGCCGAGUUUCCCCGAAGGCCUCGGGCUUCCAGAGUCACCGAGGGGGGCUGGCCGACCGCAGGGGCGGCGCCCUCCGGGACGGCUCCGCGGCUCACUUCCGCCCGACGCUCCCGAGCAGGAUGGAGGAGGCGCCGAGGCCAAGGGGGAGGCUGAGCCGCCGGAGGCCGCCCCCUGGGGCCGGCGCCCGCACGCCGCGCUCCGCUCCCAGCGCCCGCGCCCUUCCGCUCCCGCCCGCUGAUUUCGCCUGUCCCUUCAUCGUCGCAGUCUCCCCCACCGAUAAAACCCACCACCCCUUCACUGUGGACCCCUUCCCCCAUGAGCCCCCCAGACCUAGCCGGGAGCCCCCUCCUCCAUAA